AUAAAGGAUAAACAGAAAAGCUGAGAACGCCGCAAAGCGUCACUAAUAACGUCCGAGUACCACACAUUUCGCUGGCAGAAGAUUAACUGCCCAAAGACUUGUCAGUUGGAGGGUAUAAAUAGCACCAAUAAGACAUUAAACCUUGGUAAGCGCCAGUAUCGGUCACAUAAACACAUAUUGACCAACUGCCCAAAAAAUAUUGACGAGGUCAAGCGCCACAUAAGACUUACAUGGCGAACGAUUCAAACGAAACGUGCAAACGCUUAUGAUGAAUGGGCCAAACCUAUGAGAGACUAGCGACUUGUAGAGCUUAUGACAUUUUUGUUCUAAAAUGGCUACAAAACGAGAAUUAAAGAUUAUAGAAAAGUUGGCCAAUAACAACAAAAAGUUAAGGAUGGAAAAAAACUCAUUAAAAAUGCCCCCAAACGAAUAUGUUAAAAGCGUUCUGCACAUGGUCUCUGUUUACUCAAUACCUCUAUCAAUCUUUGACGAGGAUGAUACUUUUGUAAAACUUCUACAGCCCUGGUCCGAAGUAUAUGACAUUAAAUUGACCCCGAAGGAUGUAGUUGAGUAUAUCGAAUUAGCUGCCAAAGAGAUCUCCACAGUCAUUACAGAAAAAGUAAAGGAACACUUGGUAUGCGUCAAAUUGGAUAUGGUAGCACAUAAAAGUCGAAUUCUAUUCUUCAUUCAUAUUCAAUACGUCGAUAAUUUUGUAACCAAAUUGCAUUCGCUCGGAAUGUUAGAAUUGAAAGAUAUUAAAACAGUGGACUGCAUUGAUGUACCAGGCUUAAAGGCACAAUUAGAGCAAUGCUUGCAAAAUUUUGGCAUUAACAUGAAUCAGGUGUAUUCAAUAAUGGUUGACAAUGGUGCUGACACAUUGGACUCACCAGAAAUUGUACGCUACUUGUGCCAGGAAGAUGGUGAACUAAAUGAUGAUUACCCAGAUUUUGAAGAAGUUUUUGCUAAAAUAUCAACAUCAAUGAACAUUGAUCUCUGCCCGACCCAUUUACUUCAUUUAGCUGUGAAGGAAGUGAUCAAAUUUUACGGAGCCAAACUGGAGAUUUGCCGUAAUUACAAGGAACCCAUUGAGGACCUAGAAUCCCCUGUAAAAACACAUAAUGAUGAUGAAAUCUCUUCAGAAGAUAGUGAGGAGACCGAAAUCGACAGUCUAGUAAAACAAUUUCCAUGGCGAUCUAUUUAUAAAAUGAUAGAAAAUCUUAAAACAAACAGACCUAAAAACGCACCUGAACAUAAUUUUCCCUGGGAUUUUGUAGAAAAUUUCUACGCCGCGUUUACACAAAUAGUUGAAUGCUUAAAUGCAGUCGAAUCGAAGCAAAUGCCUGUGGGAGAUUUCUUCAGAGAAUGGCUGCUGUGCGAAGCUAAAUUAAAUCAGAUGGCUCACGAAAAUGCAGUGGCUAGUAAAUGCAUUUCUACACUGGCCUCCAAAAAACAUGAUAUAAUAGGAAAAACUGUCUUUUCAACUGCUUUAUACAUAGAUCCCAGGUAUACCUAUCUAGGGUCAAACAUCUUAACAGAUGAACAAAAGCAAUUGGCUCAGUUUAAAUUGUUUUUCUGCUCCAAUUGGUAUGGAAAAGAGAAUGAAAGUGAUCCAGUAUUUAAUAUUAAGUCUGAAAAUAAGAACAUCCGAGACGAUAGCAAGUACAGCAUUAUAAGCAAAUAUCAUCCAGGAAUUAAUAGCCGGGAACCCGACAAACCUAUUGAGAAAAAAAUAAAACUGUUGCAGUUUGGACCUGGUAUAACAUAUGAUAAGGAAAUUCUGCCAUAUUGGGAAGCCCUAAAAUCAAAGCUUCCCCUCUUAUCAAAGAUUUCUCAAUGUGCUCUUGCGAUCCCGGCAACUCAAUUUUCAAUCGUAAGACUCAACGACUUAUGUCACACUUUUAAAGCGUUCGCCAACACUUCCUGUCGUAUAAAUUUGGAGAGUAUUUUAUUGCUCAAACUAAACAACGACCUAUUCAAAGAAAUUAACAUUGGGUUUCAUGCUGAUCAGAGCUCAUAG